AGCAAACGUGUGGGACACUAACAUCUCGCUAGGCUGGUACAAAACCGACUCCAACUCACGAUGCACCGAAAAACCGGUGGUACCACACAUGCCGGACGGCGAGAAGACGACCGAGGCAACGGCCAAGGAUGUCGGCGGCGGCAGCCAGCCAAAACCACCGUCCCGCCGCGGUAGCGCCCGCUUCGAGCGCCUCCUCUCCGGGCUGGGCGCUGGUCCGCUCGUGGACGUCGAGCCCGACAAGGUUAAGGACGAGAUCCGGCGAUGGGCCAAGAAGGUGGCGGCUCUGGUGCGCCAGCUCAGCUUCGGCGCCUGGGCGGAGAAGAGCGACGGCGGCUCGUCGGAGAACCACGGCGCAGGCGAUGAUGGAUACGAGAGCUGAGCACCUAGACUGCAGAUAACUUUCGCGGGCAGUAAGCCAGUAAUAACUCCGCUGAUAUGGUGGCAGCACCGGGCAAAAGCAAGCGCAAAAUUCAUUCUCCUUUAUUCGUUUGUUCGUUUCUAAGGGCGCUGAUACUGUAUGUGUACCACAGUAGAUCUUACCUCAGUUAUGUCAAAAGAGAUAAAAAUUAGCAAAGGCCAUGGAUGUAAUGAUUAUAAUAAAGAGCUAUGGAUAUUCUCCGGU